AUGUCUUUCAUCGAGGCUCCCAUUCCUGCAGCGACAAAACUUGCCCACUACCGAACCCUCUCCCCCAAUGCGGGCAUACACGUCUCCCCUCUGCAGCUCGGCGCCAUGAGCAUCGGCGACAAAUGGGGCCAUCUUGGGAUGGGCUCGAUGGACAAGGAAUCGAGCUUCAAGCUGCUGGACGCGUUUGCCGAGAAGGGCGGCAACUUCAUCGACACAGCGAACAACUACCAGGACCAGUCGUCUGAGGAAUUCCUGGGCGAAUGGAUGGAGCAGCGCAAGAUUCGCGACCAGAUGGUCAUUGCAACCAAGUAUACUGCUCUGUUCCCGCAGCGCAAACCAGGCUUCCUCAACAAGGCCAACCACGCAGGCAACAACGUCAAGUCGAUGCAUAUUAGCGUCGAAGCCAGCCUGAAGAAGCUGCGUACAUCAUAUAUCGACAUUCUCUAUGUGCAUUGGUGGGAUUGGGACACGAGUGUCGAAGAGGUGAUGAAUGGCCUCCACAACCUCGUUGUCCAGGGGAAGGUCCUCUACCUCGGCAUUUCAGACGCGCCUGCCUGGGUCGUCUCGGAGGCCAAUCGCUACGCGAAGGACCACGGGAAGUCGCCGUUUGUCAUCUAUCAGGGUCGAUGGAAUAUCCUCGAACGCUCGUUUGAGCGUGAAAUUCUCCCCAUGGCUCGUGCCCACGGUAUGGCGCUGGCACCUUGGGACGUUCUUGGGGGAGGCAAACUGCGAACCGAUGCGGAGGAAACGGCGCGCAGGGACAGCGGGGAGAAGGGUCGCAUGCUUUUCGGCCCUUGGGAGCGCAACGAAACUGAAAUUAAGAUGUCGCGCGCUCUUGAAAAAGUUGCUGCCGAGGUUGGAGCCAAGUCUAUUCAAGCUGUCGCCAUCGCCUAUGUGAUGCAGAAGGCUCCGCACUGCUUCCCCAUCAUCGGAGGGCGCAAAGUCGAGCAUCUCGUCGCCAACAUCGAGGCCCUUGACAUCUCUCUCUCGCCAGAACAGAUCCAGUACCUCGAAAGCGCUGUUCCCUUCGACCCGGGCUUUCCGAAUUCCUUGAUUGGAGACGGCACUGAACAAGCUUUCCUAAUCAAAUCAGCAGGCAUUUUGCCCACGAACGCCUCUGCGCCGUUUGCAAGCACCGGCGAUGACUCGUUCCAUCCAUCCAAACCUGCCGAUGUCAUCUUGCGUUCAAGCGAUGGCUUCGAUUUCUACGUCCACGGCGACAUCCUCAAGUUUACAUCAGAAGUCUUCGAGGGUAUGUUGGUCGUUGGCACCAGCGUGGCUGCCGACACAGUUUUGCGCGAUGGCAAGCCUGUCGUCGAACUCGCCGAGCCGCAUAAGGUGUUGCACCGACUGCUCUCUUGCGCAUAUCCAAUGACGGACCCGCAACACUUGCGAAUUGUGGAUGCUGAGAGCCUGGACGACUUCUACGCAACCUUCCAGGCGGCUCAUAAAUAUGGCUUCACAAUCACCGAGAAGGCUUUAAAGAAAGUCCUCGCCGACUGUGAUCUCGUCAAUACACUCCCCGCGCGGUUCUUUGCGUUGGGGAUCCUCUGUAACCAGUUAGAGGUGACCAAAAAGGCAGUCUACUCUGCUCUCCGACUGAAAAUCGAUACACGAACUGUGGACUUCCCCGAGAUGCGGCUAUUGACGUGGGCGCAAGGACAGAGACUGGCUCAGCUCUGUGCACUCUACGAGGAGGGGGUUUCCGCUUGUCUCAAAUCCCAUCCCUUUUAUUUACCAGUCGGUCGCCGGGGCCGAUUGGACCAGACACCGAGUCAGUGGUUGUCCACAAGCACACAAGAUGCAAUGGGAUGGCAUCCAGACCGCCACUUGGCUCUCUCGAUGGUUGGAAAAGAUUACCAUUCCUUUGCCACAUCACAAUGCAACUACUAUGGAUCCCGUGACGAUGUCCACGUCUUGAACGACCAGCUAGAUGAUUUCAAUCGACGUUUUGAUGCGCAUAUGGAUUGCAGUGUCUGCAUCUGA